CAUUCGGAAACAGUGUCUUACGAGGUAAACACAGGAUCUUUAGCUUUUUACCGAAUUUAAUUUCGGAUUUCGAAGAAACAGAAUAUCGUGUCUGAUGAAUCAAAUAGCUAUUUACGAGUAAGUAUUUAUAUGUUCUAAUAGGGAGCGCGUGACAGUUUCCACUUAAGGUCCUGGAACACGUGCUCGUAUUUUUAGCCAUUAAUUCAUUAGUUCAUUAGUGUCCGAGUGAUAUCACCAUUAGCUAGGUUGGCGGGCCUGAAAUGUGACGGUCGUGGCGGGAAUCUGCCGAGAGCGUGCGUGUGAACUUGGGAAAUUGCUGUGUGUGGCAGGUGAUAUUGGUAACCAGUGAAUAAAACACCACCAUGAAUAGUGCAAUCUGGUCUGCUCCCGCAGUAGUAUUGUUUGCAGUACUCACUUGUGUAAAGGGGGAAACGAAUCCAUAUCUCGAGGCUUUAAAGACGAGGCCAUGGGAGAGCGUCCAGAAAUACGUUAUGGUCAGGCCGGGAGCCUACCUAUUCUACUGGCUUUACUACGCUGAUGGGACGAGCGUGGGCGCAGAGAACAAACCGCUUAUAAUAUGGAUCCAAGGAGGGCCGGGACUGGCUGCGAGUGGAAUUGCAAAUUUUGCAGAGAUCGGCCCGCUCAAUAUGGACAUGCAACCGCGAAAUCAUACAUGGGUAAAAGGAAGGAAUUUGUUACUCAUUGAUCACCCCGUCGGCACCGGGUUUAGCUAUAUCACUGACAACUCACUGCUGGCAAAAAAUGAUCGGGAAAUUGCCAUUGACCUUUCGAAGGCUAUAAAAGCGUUUUUUAGAACGCACAAGAGAUUUCGCAAAACGCCCACAUACAUUUUUGGCCAAAGCUAUGGAGGAAAGAUGUGUCCUCGUUUAGGAUAUUAUCUGCAUACGGCCAUAGAAAAAAAGCGUUUGAAAAUGAAUCUCAAAGGAAUCGGUAUUGGUAGUGCUUGGGUGGACCCGAAGGAAAGUACAUUAAUAUAUCCAGAAUAUCUUUUUAUGAUGGGAAUAAUAGAUCAGAAAACAUAUUUAAAAGCCAUGGAAAUAGCUAAAAGGGUUGGCAACUACAUAGACAAAAGGGAAUAUGUUAUAGCCGGGAAAUGGGACAACCUGCUUUUUAACACGUUGACUGAAGAAGCUGGAAUGGAGAUUAAUUUCAAUAACAUCAACCAAGAGAGUCCGUACCCUGCCUUGGAGAAGCUGCAAGAUAAUAUUAACAAAUAUGUGAAGCCAACUUUAUUGGAAGUAAAUCAAAGCAUUGAAUGGAAAUACAUUUCGGAGCCUGUGUUUCAAAAUUUAAAUGAAAGCUUUCUUGUACCGUCAACUAAAUUUUUAGAAUUGCUUCUCAAUAGAACAGAUUUGAAAAUAUCUGUUUAUAAUGGAAAUUUAGAUAUCAUCACAACAGUAGCUGGAGCAUCGAAUUGGGUACAUAAAUUAAAAUGGCACGGAUCAGAGGAGUUCAAAUACGCACAGAGGUACCCGAUAAACGGAGAUAGGAAUGGUUUCUACAAAAGCGCGAAACAGUUGAGUUUCUGGUGGGUCUUCCGAUCUGGACACUGGGUUCCAGAGGACAAUCCUGUAGCUAUGGCGCAAAUACUCGAUGCUAUGAUAGAUGACGAACGGUAGUAUACAAAUAUUAUGUAAACUUUGUAAAUAUAUAGUUUGUAAGGUUUAAAUAAAUAUAACCUUAUUAUUUUUGUUAAUAUCAUUUCCCUGAUAUGCUAAUGUUUUUAUCGAUUGAAAACCUUAGUGCUCUAUCAAUAAAUUUCAUUGAUAAA